AUGCGGGGACCCCUUCUCAGGGCCGAGCCGGGGCGCCAAGAGUUGAGGGCGCGGGGCCGGAGCCUGCGCGCCGAUUCCCGGGAACAGUGCCAGGCAGAGGGCUCUGGGCCCGCACUGUCCUGGGGGGUGGCGCCCCGGCUUGCCGAGCACGAGCUGGCGUGUCAGCUGCGCCUUCCACGGGCUGUGCCAUCAAGUCACUCCUCGCUGGCAGCGUCUGGGUGGUGUGGCGUGUAUUACUGCCCGCGGGUCACGGGCCCACGCCCCAGCACCUCCUCUGCUGAGGGGCAGACCCUCCACCACGCUGUAGUAUGA